AUGCCCUCUCGCUUUGGCACUGCGGUGCGAAUCUUCAUCACCACCCUCUUUGCCGCGGUGGUGCUCUUUGCCAUCCUGCUGGCGUAUGUGACUGGUUACCAGUUCAUCCACACCGAACAGCACCACCUGUCCUUCGGCCUUUACGGAGCCAUCCUGUCCCUGCACCUCCUCUUGCAGAGCCUGUUCGCCUACCUGGAGCAUCGGCAGAUGCGGGGGCCAUCCCGACCUCAGCACCUGCGCCGCUCUGUUGCCCUCUGCAUCGCCGCUUACCAGGAAGACCCGGACUACCUGCGCAAGUGCCUGCGCAGCGUCCGCCGCAUUUCCUUCCCCGGCCUGAAGGUGGUGCUGGUGGUCGACGGGAACAGGCCGGAGGACGCUUACAUGAUGGAAAUCUUCCAGGAGGUGCUGGGUGGGGCCGACCAGGCCGGCAGCGUGGUUUGGAAGGGGAACUACCACAGCGACGGAGGAGGGGGCGUAGCCGGCAGGAAGGGUUCGCUGCAUGCUGAAGAGGCAGCCCGGGUGGCAAGGGUGGUUCGUAGCCGUCGCUACUCUUGCAUCAUGCAGGAGUGGGGUGGGAAGAGGGAAGUGAUGUACACGGCUUUCAAAGCACUCGGCGACUCUGUAGACUACGUACAGGUGUGUGACUCCGACACAGUUCUGGAUCCUGCAUGCACCAUUGAGAUGCUGAAGAUUCUAGAGGAGGAUCCAACAGUGGGUGGAGUAGGAGGUGAUGUGCAGAUCCUGAACAAAUAUGACUCAUGGAUUUCGUUCCUGAGUAGCGUCCGUUACUGGAUGGCCUUCAACGUGGAACGGGCCUGUCAGUCCUACUUUGGCUGUGUACAGUGCAUCAGUGGCCCACUGGGGAUGUACCGGAACUCUCUAUUACAACAGUUCCUGGAACCCUGGUACCACCAGACCUUCCUCGGGAGCAAGUGCAGCUUUGGAGACGACAGACACCUCACUAACCGCGUCCUCAGCUUCGGCUACAAGACCAAAUUCACGGCACGCUCGCAGUGCCAGACGGAGACGCCAACGCGCUACCUGCGCUGGCUCAACCAGCAGACACGUUGGAGUAAGUCCUACUUCCGGGAAUGGCUUUACAAUGCCCUGUGGUUCCACAAACACAGCCUAUGGAUGACUUACGAAUCGGUGGUCACCGGGUUUUUCCCCUUCUUCCUCGUCGCCACCGUGAUCCACUUGUUCUAUCGCGGACGGUUGUGGAACAUUCUCCUGUUCUUGUUGACAGUUCAGCUGGUCGGCAUGGUGAAGGCCACCUACGCUUGCUUCCUGCGAGGCAGCCUGGUCAUGAUCUUCAUGUCCCUUUACUCACUACUCUACAUGUCCAGCCUGCUGCCUGCCAAGAUAUUCGCCCUGUUGACUAUUAACAAGGCGGGCUGGGGCACGUCGGGGAGGAGGAAGAUCGUGGUGAACUUCAUUGGGGCUGUGCCCGUGACUAUUUGGGCAGCUAUACUCCUGGGGGGCGUGGCUUACACCAUCUACUGUGAGACACAGGAGCCAUUCAGUGAAACAGAGAAGGCUCUGCUCAUAGCCGGAGCGAUCCUCUACGCUUGCUAUUGGCUCAUCCUCCUGGUACUCUAUUUGGCCAUAGUUGCCAAAAGGUGCAACAAGAGAGAGGAGCAGUACCAUCUGCCCUAUGCCGAGGCCUAA